AUGUCGCCAUCAGACGGACAGCUGUUCGCUCUGCACCACGAAGUCCAAGUUUCCUUGCUAGUCGAUGGCGUCGUCGGAGAGGGGUGGGAAGCAGUGAUUCACUUGGAUGGGGAGCCCACCCUGACGUUCGAGCUCGAGAACCAUCGGACGUCCUAUCAGAUCACACUCGCUGCAGUUUCUCAGGGUGAUCACUACGUCUCGGUCACGUUCUCGGACCAGCAUUCCAUGUUGUCAGCGGAUCCGGAGAAGGUAGGCUUUCGGAUCGGGCAUUCAUCGGAGGAGCGUGGAGUCAACGAUGCUGCUAAUGUCUCGGAUCAAAGUCACACACUCAGACAAAGGCUGGAAGAUGUGAAAGACGUUAGCUUCGUGAUCAUUUUCUUCCCUCCCCGUCAGCAUUGUUUCAUUUCUAGAAACGACGCUGCUAUCUCCUUUGCCAUCUCAGAGAAGUACUUCUCGCGCUUUCCCGAGGCGUCAAAGGCCAGCCUCAUCAUCAACGAUCAUGUUGCGCUGCAAUGGGAGCUCGACGCCAACAUGAAGUCAGACCCUCUGUCGGGGACAGCGAUGGAUCUGAGCGAUGGACUGAACUACUUUGCAUCCUUGACGGGGUUUGAAGACGGUUUCUAUCAGGCAAAGUUGGUCCUGACGCACGGGCAAUCGGGAGAGGCGAUAGGACGGCCAGCGUUCACCUACUUUGCUGUGGACGAGGAGCUGGAAGGAGCAGAGGGAUCCUGCGAAGAUUUCUGGGAGAGAGGGAGAGAAGGAGCAGGAGGAGAAAAGUUGGACAUCGGGUUGGAACAGACUCACUUCAUCUACGGACGAGGAGGACCGUGGAAGUGGGGAGGGCUGUACGGAGAGCAGAAGCGUGCAGAUGGCCGCAGGAAGGAGGAAGGGACGUGUGAAGACGGGAGCUGCGAUGCUGCAUCGAGCAUGAGGAGGAGGAGGAUGACGAAUGUCGCGUACAAGAAACCAGUCACCCUCUCCUCGACAGGAGCCGGAGCAUCUGAAAACGCAGUGGACGGCAUUGUCAACGUUUUCUACUCAGUCCCAUUCGAGCAAUCGCAUGCUACGACGUCGGGGAAAGUUGGGGAGGUUGAAUGGCUCGAGGUCGACUUGGGAAGAAACGAGUUCGUGCGAGCAAUCGACGUGUGGGGGGCAGCACGAGCUCGGGCGAGGCUGCAGUAUCCCAUGGUCGUCGACGAGGGGUCGCUGGCACCAUUCCAAGUUCACUUCAUCACUGAGAAUGGGGAAACGAGCAAUGUCUUACAUUUCGACGACCAUUCUUCUGUCUUCUCAAGGACAGGAAUCCUCGGAGUUGCGAGACACGUCAGGAUAUCACGUCAGCUGCAAGAUGGUUCCGCUGCUCUUGCUGUGUUGGAGUUGCAAGUUCGUGUUGAACUCACUUCACAGCUCUAUUCUCAUCCUCCGCGUGAGCAGGUCUGGGCGGAGCAAGAGUGGGAGUGCAGCAGACAAUGUCUUCAUGGAAGAUGCGUGUUGGAUCAGCGACGGGAGGACCUGAUCUGCGAAUGCGAUGCUGACUGGGCUGGUGAAAUGUGCAACGUACACAUGCUAAUGACAUGGCGCCAUCUGCCCUUCGGUGUAGGGGGUGUGCGGGAAGACAGCUUCUGGGAUCAGAGACUGUUUGAUGAGGCUGUCAAUGACCUGCGAGCUGUUCAGUUCCCGGAGAGGUGUGAAGCUGCAGACAGCGUGAAUAUCCGGUUCGAGAAUCGAGGGGCAGCAGCGACUUUCAACUACAUCGGGGGGCUGUUAAGCUUAUCAUACCUUCAGGGUAAAACUCUGAUAUUGCCGACGGACGACGCGUGGGUGUAUGCGCACAAUCAAGGAUGUACAGACUUCGAGUGUUAUUUCGAGCCCUGGACAUCCUGCCCAGAGAACACAACGAACAAGACAGGAUCUUUCCAGAUGGCACGAUCGACCCAUGAGAUGGUCUUUGCGAUGGUACCGAACAAGUUUGCAAGGAAGGGACUGCUAGUUCGUCCAGACAUCCUUCAAGGUCAAGAUUUCACUGUCUGUGCCCUGCUGCUGGAAAGUGACAAAGUGCUUUCUCUCUCGACAGAGUUGGAUGUGAACUCUACCAUGUCCCGUAUGAGAUGGUCGAGACCUGUUCUCGGGUAA